AUUGCAUCAUGUGAUAUCAGAUCUAAUAGUUUGCAAUCGUUUUUUCCUUUUUAUUUACCGUAUAGGCAGUUAAUUAUUUAGGUUGAAUCUGUUUUAAAACUAAUCAUGUUGAGGUACAAGAGCAUAUCUUCAUUAUCAAAGAACUUCUUUUCCACAAGCACCAGAUGCGCCAGCGUUCCUGUAGCUAACACAAAGCUUUUUAUUGAUGGCAAGUUUAUUGAUUCUACAACCGACAAAUGGAUUGAUCUUCACAACCCUGCCACGAAUGAAGUGAUUACUCGGGUACCUGAAGCCACACAAGAUGAAAUGUUUGCGGCAGUUGCUGCAGCUAAACGUGCAUUCCGUGGUUGGGCUGAUAGUUCAGUACUUCAUAGACAGCAGAUUAUGUUCAAAUACCAACAGUUGAUUAAAGAUAAUAUGAAAGAGCUUGCAGAGUCGAUCACUAAAGAACAAGGCAAGACAUUGGCCGAUGCAGAAGGAGAUGUAAUGCGAGGGUUACAGGUUGUGGAACAUUGUUGUAGCAUCACAAACCUCAACCUUGGUGAAACAAUGACAUCGGUUGCUAAAGACAUGGACACUUUAACUUAUCGAUACCCACUUGGUGUAUGUGCUGGCAUCACACCAUUUAAUUUCCCUGCCAUGAUUCCAUUAUGGAUGUUUCCAAUGGCCAUGGUAUGUGGCAACACAUAUGUACUCAAACCCUCAGAGCGAGAUCCUGGUUGUACCAUGUUGUUGGCCCAACUUGCACAAGAUGCAGGUGUGCCAGAUGGAGCACUUAACGUUAUACAUGGAGCACAUGAUGCCGUUAACUUUGUGUGUGACAACCCUGAUAUUCGAGCCGUGUCAUUUGUUGGCUCCAAUCAAGCUGGUGAAUAUAUUUACGAUCGAGCAACUAAGACUGGCAAACGUGUCCAAUCAAACAUGGGGGCAAAGAAUCAUGGAAUUAUUAUGCCGGAUGCUGCUAAGGAAAACACUUUAAACCAAUUGACUGGAGCUGCGUUUGGAGCAGCAGGCCAGAGGUGUAUGGCUCUCUCUACCGUUGUGUUUGUGGGUGAAUCAAAAGAAUGGAUCACUGAUAUAAAGGAGAGAGCUGAAAAGUUGACUGUAAAUGCAGGCGACCAGGCAGGAGCAGACCUAGGUCCUCUCAUUUCACCAGAAGCAAAAGAUCGAGUUUGUCGUCUUAUACAGAGUGGAGUUGAUGAAGGGGCAAAUAUACUUUUGGAUGGAAGGAAUGUUAAUGUUAAGGGAUAUGAGAAUGGAAACUUCGUGGGACCAACUAUUAUCACCAAUGUUACUACUGACAUGACUUGUUAUAGAGAAGAAAUAUUUGGGCCAGUAUUGGUUGUACUUGAGGCUGAUACAUUAGAUGAUGCAAUUAAUAUUACUAAUGCUAACCCAUAUGGUAAUGGAACUGCUAUCUUCACAAGGAGUGGUGCAACUGCAAGAAAGUUUAUCAAUGAUAUAGAUGUUGGGCAAGUUGGAGUAAAUGUUCCAAUACCAGUUCCCCUUCCAAUGUUUUCAUUCACUGGCUCGCGUGCCUCGUUCAGAGGAGACACUCACUUUUAUGGCAAAGAGGGUAUCCAGUUUUACACCCAAUUGAAAACCAUCACCCAGUUAUGGCGAGAAGAAGACGUGGAACAUUCCAAACCUGCAGUUGCAAUGCCUGUUAUGCGUUAAACACUCGAUAUCGCAAAAUCACAAAGUUUACCUUUUUAAAUUCAAUUUUAAGCCAAUUAAAUCGUGAUUAAUAUUUUAUUUAACCGUUCCAAAAGUUUAUAGUUUGAUUGUUUAGUUCUGUGUCAAGUAUCUGUAUUUGCUUUAAGGUUAAUUAUGAUAACUAACUGGGAGUGUUAAACAAAAUAUUGAAGUAGUCGCACAUUUAUUAAGAGAUUGUGCAAUUUAUAAACCUGACUAUUGUACAGUGUUUUUUGGUGUUGUGUAAUUAUAAUAUAAAAAGCUUGGCUAAUGA